AUGACAGGAUUAGGAAAAGUAAGUAAUGUAGAAUUUUUACAGGAAUUAAGGUAUCGAAUAGUUGAAAAUAAAAUAGACAAGCAAGAGUUAUUCCAAAUGUUAGGAAGUAAUGAGGUGAUCGCUGA